CACUUUUCCCUGUGCCAGUGCUCAAAUAUCUCCACCCAAAGCGGGCCAAGCCACACCCAAGCCGCCACCCAGUUUUUGGUGGGCUGUAAAGAGGCGGUCUAGCUGGCACGUGCACCGCCGGCCUAUCACAGGACAGCCCUACCCGCACAACCUGGCUGCAAAGAGAAAUUGGUGAAAAUCGACCCCGAACCUCGAACUCAAGCGGAAGCAACCACGACAACGACAGAAUCGACAAACAACCGCCACAAUGAGGACGUACGACGAUACCUUCUCCGGCCAGAGGAUUUACCCUGGAAAGGGUAAGCUCUUCGUUCGUGGCGACAGCAAGGUCUUCCGGUUCCAGAACGGCAAAUCCGAGUCCCUCUUCCUGCAGCGCAAGAACCCCCGUCGCAUUGCGUGGACAGUCCUCUUCCGCAGACAACACCGCAAGGGCAUCUCUGAGGAAGUCGCUAAGAAGCGCACUCGCCGCACCGUCAAGGCCCAGCGUGCCAUCGUUGGUGCUUCCCUCGAUGUGAUCAAGGAGCGCCGCAACACCCGCCCGGAGGUGCGGAGCGCCGCCCGCCUCGCCGCCAUCAAGGAGUCGAAGGACAAGAAGCAGGAGGCUGUUGCCGCCAAGAGCCGUUAAAGAGUCUUGGGUGGAACGGGUCGAUGAAGUUGGGGUUGGUGAUGGGUCUUACGGUCUUCCUGAUGGAGGAAAGGGCGCAGUCGGUUGGUCGGUCUCGGUUAUU